UGUCAUGGCGUCGGAGGCGCUGGCGGAGGAGAACCCGCAGCGGUCUCUUUAGAGCGAGGGGCGGGCGGCUGGGUAUGGAGAGCGGCCCCGAGAGCCUGCAGCCGCUAGAACACGGGGAGGCCACCGGGCCAGCGCCAGGGACAGGUUCUCCGCAGGAAGGGCGACAGGAGAUCAGGCUCGCCGCUGGGGAUGGUCCUGAAGUAUGGGCGGCAGAGAGCGGCGGCGGGAAUGGGCAGGGGGCGGCGGCCGCCGGGAGGAGCCUCCAGGACUCGGUUCCUCCCGCCAGCUCCCCUCAGGUUCCUGAACCCUGCAGCUCCUUCACGGGCUUGGACUUGCAGAAGAGCGAUUUGGAGAGUCCUGCUACCCAGAAGGUGCCUCUGAGAGGACAGCACAAGGUGACCGCCUCCCCGGAGACAGUCGAGGCUGGAGCGGGCCAUGGGUUGGGUCCGGCCGGAGACUCGGGCGCCCGCUCGGAUCCCGCCGGCACCUGCCGGCCAGAGUUGGCCGCGGGCUCCUCGGAGCCCAGCAGCGCCGGCGGCCUCAGCAGCAGUUGCAGCGACCCGAGUCCUCCUGGGGAAUCGCCGAGCCUGGACUCCCUGGAGUCGUUCUCUAACCUGCAUUCUUUCCCCAGUAGCUCUGAGUUCAAUAGUGAAGAAGGAGCUGAGAGCAGGGUCCCCGAGGAGGAAGAGGGCGGCACGGCGGUGUUGCCCGGGGUUGUGCCUCUGUGCAGGGGGGAGGAGGAGGAGGAAGAGGGGGAGGCAGCUCAGGUGCUGGCGGCCUCCAAGGAACGCUUCCCGGGACAAUCUGUCUAUCACAUCAAGUGGAUUCAGUGGAAAGAAGAGAACACACCCAUCAUUACCCAGAAUGAGAAUGGACCCUGCCCUUUACUGGCCAUCCUCAAUGUGUUGCUUCUGGCCUGGAAGGUGAAACUUCCACCGAUGAUGGAAAUCAUAACCGCUGAACAGCUGAUGGAAUAUUUAGGAGAUUACAUGCUUGAUGCAAAGCCAAAAGAAAUUUCAGAAAUUCAACGUUUAAACUAUGAACAGAAUAUGAGUGAUGCUAUGGCAAUCUUGCACAAACUGCAGACAGGCUUGGAUGUAAAUGUAAAAUUCACUGGUGUUCGAGUGUUCGAAUAUACUCCAGAGUGCAUAGUAUUUGAUCUUCUUGAUAUUCCUUUGUACCAUGGGUGGUUAGUAGACCCUCAGAUUGAUGACAUUGUAAAAGCUGUUGGUAACUGCAGCUACAACCAACUAGUGGAGAAGAUCAUCUCUUGUAAGCAGUCAGACAAUAGUGAGCUGGUUAGUGAAGGCUUUGUAGCUGAGCAGUUUCUAAAUAACACAGCCACUCAACUGACGUACCAUGGAUUAUGUGAACUAACUUCAACGGUUCAGGAAGGAGAACUUUGUGUGUUUUUUCGGAAUAAUCAUUUUAGCACCAUGACCAAAUACAAGGGUCUACUCUAUUUGUUGGUAACAGACCAGGGGUUUCUUACUGAAGAAAAAGUUGUUUGGGAAAGCCUACACAAUGUCGAUGGUGAUGGAAAUUUCUGUGACUCAGAAUUUCAUCUGAGGCCUCCUUCAGAUCCUGAAACUGUAUACAGAGGACAACAAGAUCAGAUAGAUCAGGACUAUCUUAUGGCGUUAUCUCUACAACAAGAACAGCAGAGCCAAGAGAUCAAUUGGGAACAAAUACCUGAAGGAAUCAGUGAUUUGGAACUAGCAAAGCAGCUCCAAGAAGAAGAGGACCGACGGGCUUCUCAAUAUUAUCAAGAACAGGAACAAGCAGCAGCUGCGGCUGCUUCUGCUUCUACACAGGCUGAGCAAAGCCAGCCAGCGCAAGCCUCUCCAUCAAGUGGAAGACAAUCUGGGAAUAGUGAACGUAAACGAAAGGAACCUCGAGAAAAAGAUAAAGAAAAAGAAAAGGAAAAAAAUAGCUGUGUCAUUUUGUAACAAGUGUUGGAUUAUAUCGGAACCAUCUAUAUGUCUUGAGAAACAAAACCGCAGGAGGAAAAGAAGAAAAACCGAUAAAUACCGUUUGUGCCUGAUUUCCCAAUGGAUUUUGUUCAUGUUUUUCAGGGGAAAGGUUGUUACUUAGUUAUAAUCAGACUCUUUCAAGUCACACAGUACACUCUUUAUGAGCUGGAGGUUCAUGUUACAAGUUGGAAAUGCUGUGUGUUGUCAUUCAUGAAAAAUACUGUACUUGUAGCCAAAUAAGCAAAUCACAGCAAAUUUUGUGUCACAGUGACAUUCAUAACUCAUAUCAGUUAGUAAGCUAUUUUAUCUUCUGUUCUAACAGUGAAUGGAGGUAAUUGAUUUUGUCUGAUUCCUUCCCGAAAUCUAAAUAUUAGCACAAUAGUUUCUGAAAUUAAUUUUUACAAUGUUAAAUUAUGAUAUAAUCCACAAGAAACCAGGGGUUUAAUAUAGGGAUUUAAAAAGCAAAUAAUAAUAAUAAUAAAAAAUAACAGGAAUAAAUAACUCUUAAUUGUAUAUUGGACUAGUUCAGCCCUUGAACAGCUUUACCUUUCUUUAGGAAUGUACAGUUUUAGAUAUUAUCUUGAGAAUUGAUAAUGGAGCUUGGAUUUAAUUUAGAUAGAAAAAAAAUAAAGAUUUCUAUUUCUUUUCCAAUAGCAAAAAAAUUACAUAACACUAAUAUUCAUAUCCUAUCAAAAUCAGAUAUUAUUGACUUUGUAGUGUGACAUUUUGAGGAAUUUUGAAAUCUUUAAUAUAGGUAACUUGGACCACAGUUACUAUUUAUUGAUAGUGUGAUAAGUGAGAGUAAGAAGGAAUCCACAGUGGAUGCUAGGCUUUGUAAAUACGGGGACGUAGAAAAGCAAAUAGUUCGAUGUCUACCUUUUUCUAGAAUUACCUUGAACCUUAAAAUUUAAAUCAUGUUUAUUUGCUAGAAAAUUAAGUACACUUAUUAAAACCAACAAAAAAGCACAUUUCUGAAAGUUAGACAUAGAUAAUCUCUGAGUCUCGUAAGAAAGCAUUAAUAAAAAUCUGAAGGGAUUUAUGUAAAAGCAAUCAGAUUUUUUUAACUUAUGGGAACCAAAUAAACCUAUAACAUCUUGUAGUGUUUGUAGGAUUCAGAAAGAAUAUUUAUUGAACUUUAUUAUGAGGCAAUACAUAUUUUCCUGUAUUUCUAGAUAUAGUUUGGAAAACUAUCCUUAAUAGUCCUUUUUAUAUGCUUUAUAUUUAAAAGUUUGUUUUAGUCAUUUUUGAAAUGACUAUUGCUGCUGCAAAUAGUUAUAUGAUUUACAUUCUAAGCCUCAGUAAAUUUGUUGGUUUAAGAGCAUCUUAAUCUAACCUGAGCAUCCACUUGGAGAGAGUUUUUUGUGGUGUGGGGUGACAAUAGACUACAAAAAAAUGUGGUCUAGAUUUCUUAAGCUGUGUCCUUAACAUUCUCCGUGAUCCAAGACCAGUUAUAGGAUUAGUCUAUAUGUAAAAAGUAAAGUCUUAUUUAUGGAAGGAGUUAUUCUAAGGGGAAAAUCCAGGGUCAAGCUGUAUCUUUUAUGUCCUUCUGUAUUGCAUGUCUGUUUAUAUUAUACCAUGUGUUAGUCCUUCAGAUUUACUAUGCUAGCAUGAUACAUCAUCAGAGAACCUGCUUGGGGUAUAAAACUUUAACAAAAUAUUUGGUGAGUCUCUUUGAUAAACCAGGAUAUGCGUAUAUUGGUAAAGUAAUCAGAUGUACCACACAAUUCUCUGUUGGCUCCAACGAGUUGACCUGAGUCCAAGUUUACUUGAUAUCACUCUGUUGGUUGAAGGAGGAAACUCAAACCUCAGGGUUUGUUUUUCCCAGAACAGAUAGCAGUGACAGUACAUUAUAUUUUAAUAAGAAAAAAACAAAGCAAGAAAUCCUGACAAAUUUUAAAAAGCGUAUUUGAGGCAUAUUUUUCCAUAAUUAUAUACUUAUCUAUGUAUUGCCCUUGAAAAUAUGUGUAGAAGUGAUUCUUCUGUUAUUUGCUACCGUCUUCUGAAUUUGUUCCAAAGAUAACACUGCCAUUCUCCAUUCCCUCUGGAAGAAAACAGCUCACUCAAAAGCAGCAGAGCUGCUAUCAGAUAAGUAGCUGUCAAUGUACACUACUAAUAAGUAACUACAAAAUGUAAUGUGUUUGUUAAUUCAACCUUUUUCUAUGUAAUAUUUUCAAGUCCGACUUUCUUACAUUCCUGGAAUUGUUUGAUAUACCAAGAGUAAUAAUGAUAAAAUGUUUGCUUUGAUUACUGUGGGGGAAAAUUAAAUGUUCAAUUCUAUUAAAACAAAUACAGAAAUACUGGUUUCCCAUCCUUGAAGAUUAUAAAGAAUUUAGAGCUAUUGUGUCUUUAUUUUCUUAUAUUUUACUCAAGGCAACAAAUUAUAUAUGCAGACAUUUCAUUGCUGGUUUGGAUACAUUGGAAUUUGACAGUGGUAUAUUAAAGUCUUUCCUUCACAGUAUUUCGCAAUACUUGAAAACUGUUACAUGUACACUGCUGCCAGAAGUUAGAACUCAAACAUUUUUGUUUUUAAUAUUUAUAAGCUAGAUUGGGGCAUAUUUGCAUCAACCAGUUAUACCAUUAGAGUUAGCAAAAGAGGCACAUGAAUAAAUAUGAUCACUGCACUUUCUCCUGUUUUUAGAGUCUGUUCCUUAAGGUUAGUGACUAGUCUUUAUUAACAAUACGAAAAUUUUCUUCAUGUCUAAUCCCACUGAACCAACGAUACUGUGAUUUACAGUAGAUUAUCAACUCUUAAAAGUAGUAUGUGUUUCUAAAGCAAGGAUCCAUGACUUCUAUUAGACUGUCAAAAGAAUGGGACUUUUCCCUCAAAUUUAAUAAUCACCUUUUUAAGACUAUACACACUAAGUAGUUUGAGGCAGCUGAAAUUGGCAGUGGCUGCUUUCUGUAAUAUGCUGGUCCAUUGUGCUUAAAGUAACUUCUGCCAUGUUUCAAGGUGUGUCAGGUUAGUAGUUCAAUGAGGCAUCGAUUUAAGUUUAGGAUUAGGUUUUGGAAUAUGUUUUGUUUUAUUGUCUCACACAUCUAGUAUUUGACUACUUAUCCCCUACUGUGUUUCAAAGUCUUUCUCAUACUUCGUGAUCUUAGUUUAACUAGGCAAGUUAGUAUCAGAGAUUAGUUGACUGAAACCAACAUUAACCAUUUUGUACUUCCACAAAAACUUAACAUUUUGUUUUCAAUGAAUCACCAAUUCAAUUCACUAAGAUCUUGAGAGGAAAGGAUUAGAGGUCAAGUAGAUAGUUAAGGAAAGAAUUAUUGUGGUCCUAUAGUAAUACAGGCAUAUGAAGCAGAAAAACCAAGGCAAGAGUUUCCAGAACUCAUUUAUUUAUGUCCUCGAUCUCAUUUAAAAUUUUUUUAGAAAGCAAAAAGCAAACAUCACAUUUCACUUAACUUUCCUAUUCAAUGUACCAGUUAAAUGAUGGAAAGCCUAUGGGCUUUAACCUAUCACAUGAUCCUUGAGUAUACAAUUUAAACUAUGAUUGUAAACUAAUGUUAAAAUAAGAUGGAGGCAUUAAAGAUAGCAUAUAAUUUCUAUUUUAAGGAACUGGAAAUGUGGAAUUCUGAGUCAUUUCAUGUCUAAAAACCUGCUUUUUUUUUGCCAUGGGCAAAUUUUCUGUACUUCAAUUUACUCUAAAUAUGUAAAUGAUGCUUAUUUUUUAGUGCUUUGCACUCCUGAAUAAAGGGCAUACGAUAAGCACUGAGUAUUACUUAAAUAAUCAUAAAUAAUACAGAUAUUUUGUUGUUGAAUAUGCAGGAUUUUCCCCCAAUGACUAUUUAUUAAGCCAGUUUUUUAAUGCUGUCAAAAUUUGUAAAAUUGUCUUUGAGUACAGCCUCAUUUCUUCCCAAAAUGUAUUUUACAGUUGCUUUUGUGUUCUGCGGACUAUAGGGUCAAAAUCAAGAGUAUGUUGGCAGAAUAAAAAUCAUUAUAAAUUUAUUGUUUCCAAUAUCUUUCAUAUAUCUAAAUAUUUAGAUUCUCUUUGCUUUUCCUCCAUUGAACAAAGUACAAUGGUAUAAGUUCACUAAUACCAUAUAUGUCAAUUUAUUGGAUGGAUGGAAUUUAUUUAGAUCUCUCAAGUACUGUCAUUUUUAGGGCUAUUUAAAUUAACUAUUUUUAGUAUAAAAUGUUACCUGAUGUCCAGUUAAAUUCCUUUUAAAAAGUGACUGAAACUGGUAAAGGAACUCAUCAGAAUCAGAGUUCUUAGGUUCUCUGGUAAUUUAGUGUCUUUUUUUUUUUUUAACUGACGGCUAAAACUUCUGAAGCUCUUGGGAAAACAUGAACUGAGGUUACUCUUGUCAGUUGAUACUAUAAAACAAACUAAAAUUUAAAAUCAAAGGCUUCCUGAAAAACAUAAAUUGCAAAAUAGAGAUAAGGGAGACUGAGUCACAAAUUGCAGGGCCCUGAUAAAUUUCAUUUACUUUGAAGAUCUAUCUAAAUGUCAAUUUGGGCAUGUAUCUUAAUCCUGGUGUUUUUGCUGUUAAGAAAUUAUAGUUUAAUAAAUUGUGACAUAUAUAUAUAUAUUUUACAUAAAGGAUUCUAGUUUCUAAUUUCACUUCUGAUCACAAAAACAUGAAACUCAAAAACGGUAAAAGUCUUCAACUACUGCCUCAAGUUCAGCUUCAUCCUGUUAUCCUAAGAAAGGAGAUUUAGACUUGUCUGCCUAUAACAGAUGUUUUUUAGGGCAUGGUACUAUCUUAGAUAAGGUAUUGAAAUACCAUGGCAGAAAUACAAAACCUAAGCUUUAAACCACAGUAGAUUAAAGAACUAAAAGUUGUAUUAGUCUACAACUCUCUACUUUGAUAUUAAUUGGCACAAUUUUUUGAAAACACUUAAUUUGUCACCAUUAACUUUAAAAGCUGUGCAUCCAAGCUCACUGUAAUACCCCUACUUUGAGAGGCACGGAUGCCUCCCAGAUUUAGAGAAUGCACAAAGCAAAAUUCUUCUGAAGGUGAUCCUGGCUUGGCUUUAGUAGUUACAGCCUCAAAUAGGAAGUCAGAAAACUGAAAUUCCCAUUUAAAUUCCCAAAUCAGCCACCUAUCCAAAUGGGAGUUACAACAAACACCCUACAGACUGCUUCUAAUUAAUAGGAUGUGUUUUAAGACUAAGAUUGACAUUUAUUCUUUAAAGAGGUAUCUCCUGUGUGUCAAUUUUUGUCAGCUUUUGUUCUUUUUUACUUCUUAAUUGUGUGAAAUAACAUUUUUUUCCCCAGAGUACAUAGGAUAUCUAAGCUUUACAGAUUUUUAAAGAUGAGGAUUUUAAAAGCUUACAGCGGUUUUUGUUAAAAGGUUAUCUUCCUCAAUAAAAUGACAACUGUUGUUUUCACAGAUCCACACACAAGUAGGACAGUAUGAUAGAAGAUUGAUACAUGAUUGCUACAUAACAGUAAAAGGGAUAAUCUUCACUGGUGAAACUUCAUAGGAACUCUGAAAGUAAUUUCCUAAUGUUAGUGCAUGUGAGACUUUUUCCUUGAAUUGUGCAGAAUAAUUGGAUUGUGGCACACAUUUUGUGGAAUAGCAGGUAAAAUGUUAUAGACUGCAGAGAAAGUAAUCUUGAAAUAUAACAAGAAAAAGAAACAAGUUUUCUUCCUGUACUGUCCGGACUAUUUGGGUCCAGAAGUUGCUAUGACAUAUCAGAGGUCUCUGUGCCAGGCUAAGGAUUGGCCAAUUGACAAAGAGUUUAAACACAUAGAUUGUGUAUGAGUACCUAUGCUCUUCUCCUUUCUUUCACUAUCCUAAUGCCCUUUCUACUUCUGAAAUAACUCAUCUGUUUUGCUUUAUGACCAGCUUUAAUUCCAGUUUAAGAAUAAUAGCAAUCUUAGAGAUUAAUAGCAAAGAGCAUUGUAAUACAUUUCUUGAAUAAAGACACUUUAAAGCAUGUAUGCCACUUAGGGUUGAAUUGAAUUUCCAUGAAAGUUAUUGUCUUAAAUGCUGAUUAUGCUAAAACUAUUUCACUCUAAAAAGUAUGUCUUAAAUAACUUUAAAAUUUCACUUAAAAAGAUAUACUUAACAGAUUGGAAAGUAUAAAAUAUUUCUGACAGAAUUAUUCAGUAUUAUUCAACAUUUUACUUCAUGUUUGUUACUGUACCACAAGAUGGUAUUAUUCUUGAAUUAAAAUAUUGGAUUUCUUGUUAAUAUACUUAAAACUGUAACCAAUGAUAACACCCUUAGUAU